CCUGCCGCAGUUCUCACUUAUAAAUCCAAUGCUUGCACAACAUAGCCAUUGCACAGAGCAGCAGGAUCAAUUUUUAAUAUUUUUUAAAAUGAUUUCAGGCAUGUCUGAAAUUCAAGACUACAUUCAACUUUUCAUGAUUUUGCUACUCUCCACCAUUGCAGUUCUAGCAAUACUCACUAGAAACCAGAACAAGAAUCAUCGUCCACCCAGCCCUCCAGCACUCCCUAUCAUUGGACACCUUCACCUCAUUUCUCGUUUACCUCACCAAAGUUUUCACUAUCUCUCAUCUUGCUACGGACCGAUCAUGCAGCUUUUCCUAGGCUCAGUCCCUUGUGUCGUGGUUUCCACCCCAGAAGCCGCCAAGGAGUUCCUCAAAACCCACGACACUUCCUUCUCUAACCGGUUCGUAAGUGCUGCGGUUCACUACCUCUCAUACGGCUCAAACGGUUUCUUGUUUGCGCCUUACGGAGAAUCCUGGAAGCUCAUGAAGAAACUCUGCAUGUCUGAGCUUCUCGGUGGCAGAACACUCGAUCACUUUCUUCCCUUGAGGCAACAAGAGACUCUCAGGUUUCUCAAACUACUUAGAAUCAAAGGUGAAGCUGGUGAAGUUGUUGAUGUUGGUGCUGAGCUAUUGACUCUCACCAAUAGUAUUAUAACAAGAAUGACUAUGGGCAGAACGUGCUGUGAAAAUGAUAGUGAGGUGGAGGACAUUAGGAAGAUGGUGGUGGACACUGUGGAGCUGGUAGGGAGGUUUAAUGUGUCUGACUGUGUUUGGUUUUGCAGGUAUUUGGGUUUGCGGAAAAUGGACAAGAGGGUGAAAGAGAUUCAUGACAGGUUUGACAGCAUUAUGGAGAGGGUGAUAUCGGAGCAUGAAGCAGCGAGGAAGAAAAUCAUGGAAAGAGGUGAAAGUGCUCAAAAUAGGGAUUUGCUUGAUAUUUUGUUGAAAAUACAUCAUGGAGAUGAGAGCACUGAAGUAAAAUUGACCAUAGAAAAUAUCAAGGCUUUCAUUUUGGACAUAUUUAUGGCAGGAACAGACACAACUUCUAUAACCAUGGAAUGGGCUCUGGCUGAGCUAAUCAACCACCCAGAUGUGAUGGAGAAAGCACGACACGAGAUCGAUUCAGUGACCGGUAAUCGCAGGUUAAUAGAGGAGUCAGAUCUUCCCAACCUUCCUUACUUGCGAGCUAUUGUUAAAGAAACACUGAGGCUUCACCCUGCUGCUGCAACUUUUUUUAGGGAAUCAUCUGAAAGUUGUAAUGUUAAUGGCUACGAGAUUCCUGCAAAGUCCUUGUUAUUUAUCAAUUUGUGGUCCAUGGCUAGGGACCCCAACCUGUGGGAGGACCCACUUGAGUUCAGGCCAGAGAGGUUUAUGGGUGUAGAGAACCAAUUAGAUGUGAGGGGGCAGAAUUUCAAGCUAAUUCCAUUUGGCUCUGGAAGAAGGGUGUGUCCUGGAAUCUCACUAGCACUUGUGGUUGUACCAACCAAUCUUGGUGCCAUGAUUCAGUGUUUUGAAUGGAAGGUAAGUGGGACUGUUAGCAUGGAAGAGAAACCAUCAAUUACCCUUCCAAGGGCUCAUCCUUUGAUUUGUGUCCCUGUGCCUCGCUUUUCUGGUGAAAAUGCAUAUAUAUGAUAUGCUCUUGAUCUCCUCACCAUUAGUCCAUCAUGCUGCUCUUCCUAGGUUCUGGUGUUCAUAAUUUGGGGAAAAAAAAUCAAUGAGAUUUUAGUUAAAAAAUACCUCCCCUGUUAAGAAGACCGUAGGUAUUUUCCUCCUGUAGCAAAAAUAAAAGACUCUGUAGGUUCCAAAUUUGAAAUCUAUUGCCUUAAUAAAAGUAAAAAAAAUUCAAGAAA